GUUGCAACGCAGCUCUGAGUUGCUGUUUUGCAGCUUCCCGGUGGGAGAAAGUCUUCGAACUACUUGACGGUAUGGUAGACGCUAAAAUGGAUGGAACCUCGGCUGAGUUUGCUCUCAAGAGCUGUGCUUCACCGCUUCUCGUUACGACCACGUGUGCCAGGCUGGAAGUUCUUUGGAUUGCUUCAAGCACACCGUCCUCAUUGGAUUGCUUCAGCAAUUUACCCAGGCGCGGAUCAAAUGAACCUUGCUUUUCGAUUCCACAAGUUGAGGAUGCAUCUCCUUUCACCUACGUUGAUACACAUGCAGGACGCGGCGUGUAUGAUCUCAUUGUGGAAGAGGCUAAGGGCAAUUUUCAGAAUGGUAUCGCACGGCUGUGCUCGCGAGUGGCAGCAAGCGGCGUUGCAAAUUCCAGGUGCCAUCCACUACAGGAGUACUUGGCGCUACAGGGACAAGUCAACAAAGGAACGAUGCCACCUCAUCCUCGGUACUUGGGCUCGCCUUGCAUCUCCCACCUGUUUCUGCGGCCACAAGAUCAGGCGAUUUGCUUUGAAUACGCCGUGGACAUGCACAGAGAGUUGGUGAAGAGCAUUGCUAGCAUGCAGCGUCACCAUCCCCACGCACGCACAACUAUCCUGCAGGAGAAUUCAUACUGGUGGCUUUUGCAUCAUUUGCCUUCAGAUGUGCGUCGUGGCCGUGGACUUGUCUUGAUGGACCCACCCUAUGAACCGUAUGAUGAAUACAUGGCCUGGAAUCUGUACGCACUCAGGCACUUGUACCACACGUGGCCAGCAUCUUGUAUUGCCGUUUGGUAUCCUUGCUUCACAGACGAACAGACAGAAGCCAUUUACCUGCAAUUUCUGUAUUUGGAUGUGGGAGAUAUUCUCAUUGCAGAUUUCGGGCUGACGAAGGAGUCAGUAGUCGGUGCUUCUUUGCAGCGUUCGGCCUUGGCACUGCUGCGGCCUCCAACCACCGAGCAGCGGCUGAAUGAGAUGCUGCAAGACUUGGCGCAGCUGAUAGGAGGAGCCGACAUCAAAGUGUUUUGGAUCUCCCAAUGGUCGCAGAGACGGGGCUUUUGAGCACAAAGAUAGCGAAGCUGAGAUUGUGCAAAGUCAGACGCAGGCAGUGUUGGCUUUCGAGCGAUUGGGAAAUGCAGCCCCUUGUGACACGAAGUCUUCAGUCCAACGUCUGACUGAGCCAGAUAGGCGGAGAAGUAGCUGUCAUGCAUUGGAGAGUUCAAUAGCAUAGGUGGACUGAUGGGUGACUCUGGCUCCAGAUGCUCUGGCUCAAGACUUGCCAAGAUAGGACAUAACAAAAUGCCACAAGACCACGUAGGAUUUGUUUCUUCUGGCAGUCCACAGCUGAGUUUGCUGACUGACCUCACUGACUUCUGCAUUUCUUUGAACAGCCCAGGUCCCUUUGGACUGGGAACUUGAUUUAAUCCCAAAAGCAAAGGAUCUCACUCUCUUUGCAACGUUUUGCCGGGAUUUGAAUGAUUUCGUGAACGCUCAAGCGGCAUUUCUCGUUUCCAAGGCUUCUUUUACUUCAAUAUCUUCAAUCGGUAGAGAAUUGCGUGGCGGCGUGAACACAUUGUGUUGAAGAGGGUCUAAGUUGGCGGAGAAACCAAGGGCGGCAAUGAAAA